AUGUUAAUGCGCAGCUCUGUACGGUCGGCGCAGGGCCUUCUGCGAACCGCCCAAAACCCCACCCGCGCCUUCGCAACGAUCCAGAGCGAUAUAUUCAAGCCAACGAAAUAUGGAGGGAAAUACACCGUCACCUUGGUCCCAGGCGAUGGUAUUGGAGCCGAGGUUGCGGAAUCCGUGAAGACAGUCUUCAAAGCAGAUAACGUCCCAAUCGAAUGGGAACAGAUCGACGUUUCGGGCCUGGAGUCUGGAAAUAAACAAUCCGAGGAACUCUUCCGGGAGGCAGUCAUCUCGCUGAAGAGGAAUAAGAUUGGAUUGAAGGGCAUUCUACACACACCUGUUGAACGUUCUGGCCACCAAUCUUUCAACGUGGCUUUGCGACAGGAGCUCGACAUCUACGCCUCGAUUGUCCUCAUUAAGAACAUCCCUGGCUACAAGACCCGUCACGAUAACGUCGAUCUCUGCAUUAUUCGUGAGAACACCGAGGGCGAAUAUUCUGGACUCGAGCAUCAGUCAGUUCCGGGGGUUGUCGAGUCUCUCAAAAUCAUUACGCGCGCCAAGUCGGAGAGGAUUGCAAAGUUCGCCUUCGCCUUCGCAUUGGCAAAUAACCGCAAGAAGGUUACCUGCAUCCACAAAGCCAAUAUUAUGAAGCUCGCAGAUGGUCUCUUCCGCAAUACUUUCAACGCCGCUGCGAAGGAGUACCCUAGCCUGGAGGCCAACGAUAUGAUUGUUGAUAAUGCAUCCAUGCAGUGUGUAGCCCGGCCACAACAAUUCGACGUCAUGGUCAUGCCCAACUUGUACGGUGGAAUUCUGUCUAACGUUGGAGCUGCUCUCGUGGGUGGCCCGGGAAUUGUUCCCGGUGCUAAUAUUGGUCGCGAUGUGGCCGUUUUCGAGCCUGGAUGCCGUCACGUCGGCCUUGAUAUCAAGGGCAAGGACGAGGCAAACCCAACUGCUAUGCUCCUUUCUGGGUCUAUGCUUCUGAGACAUCUUGGUUUGGAUGAGCAUGCAAACCGCAUCUCCAAGUCGGUUUAUGACGUGAUUUCCGAGGGCACUUACCGAACUCGUGAUUUGGGAGGAACCAGCAGCACACAUGAAUUUACACGUGCUGUUUUGGAUAAAAUGGAGUUGCAUGGAUAA